AUGACACAACUUGGUAAGGUAAGGUUUGAGCAUUAUCAGCCAGAGAAUGCUCUCGGUGUUCAUGAGACUCAACCUCGGAUAUCAUGGACGUACAACAGUAGCAAGCCAGGCUUCCAACAGCGAAGCUACAACGUUGAGCUCACCGAGAUUUCACCCGCUGGAAAGCCGAAGAUUAUCUGCAGCACCAAUGUGACCUCGUCAAAGUCAAAUCUGGUGCCAUGGCCUGCAGAUAAGCCCCUGCGAUCAAGGCAGCGCAUCGCCGUCAAGAUCCAAGGCGUGUCCGAGAGGGGAGAAACCACAUCCUGGAGCGAACCAAGCAUCCUCGAAACUGGCCUGCUCGACUCUUCGGACUGGACGGCGCAGCGCAUCACCGGUGGAGAUAUCAGGGAUCCGACGAAAUCACAUCCAGAGCGACUCUUCCGCAAGUCCUUUGAUCUUGACACUAUGGUAGCAUCGGCCCGUCUGUAUAUCACUGCGCAAGGUCUCUACGAGGCCGAGAUUAACGGCGUUCGUGUCGGCGACUACUUUCUCGCGCCCGGCUUCACAGAGUACAAAGAUCGACUCCAGUACCAAACGUACGAUGUUUCGAAGCUGCUGCGUCCAGGCAAUAACUGCAUUGGAGUGCGGGUAGCUGAGGGCUGGUACAAUGGUCGAAUUGGGUUCGAGGGUGGGAGACGCAACAUUUGGGGUGACACGAAUGCGUUUCUUGCGCAGCUCGAGGUGACCUUGAACGAUGAAAGCGUGCAGCAAGUUGUUUCUGACGUCACCUGGGCUGUUACGGAGGGCCCAAUUCGGAUUGCUGAGCUCUACGAUGGCGAGAAGUACGAUGCAACCAAGGAAGUUGACGGCUGGUCUCUGGGAGACAACGGUAGCGGUGAUGGCUGGCAGAAGGUCAAGGUCUUGGACCCUCUGCCAGAACGAACGAAGCUCGUGGCGGGCUACGGAGAGCCAGUGCGCAGGAUCGAGACUGUGAAGCCAAUUGAGCAGAUCACAACGCCCUCCGGAAAGACCGUCCUUGACUUUGGCCAAAACCUGGUUGGUUACGUCAGGAUAAACAAGGUUCGCGGUACGGCGGGGCAUAAGAUUACGCUCAAGCACGCUGAAGUGCUUGAGCACGGCGAGCUAGGCACAAGACCACUUCGAGAUUGCAAAGCUACGGAUGAGUACAUCCUCAAGGGAUCCCCGCAAGCUGAGUCCUGGGAGCCGAGGUUCACUUUCCACGGCUUUCGUUACGCUCAGGUUGAUAAUUGGCCGGAAGAGUCUUCUCUAGCUGACUCGAUAGAAGCCGUGGUGUGCCAUACGGAUAUGCAACGUGUCGGUCACUUCGAAUGCUCUGACAUCAACCUCAACAAGCUAUACCAGAAUGUCUGCUGGAGCAUGAGGGGCAACUUCCUCUCCAUUCCCACUGACUGUCCUCAGAGGGACGAGCGACUGGGUUGGACAGGUGAUCUGGCACUAUUCGCUCCUACAGCCGCAUACGUCUACCAAUGCGCUGGUAUCCUCAAAAACUGGCACACCGACUUGGCGAUCUGCCAAAAGAGGCGAGAUGGCCUGCCACCAAUGGUAUGCCCCGAUCCCCUUGAAGGCGAUAAAUUCUGGGACUUGGGCAUCCCCACCGCGAUCUGGCACGACGUUACGGUCCUUGGCCCAUGGGCUAUGUAUCGCGCCACCGGCGACGUCGAAAUCCUGCGAUCCCAGUACGAAAGCAUGCAAGGCUGGAUCAGCAAAAUCCAACGCUACGAAGGCAGCGCAACCCCCAACCUAUGGCAUCCCGACGUUUUCCAACUCGGAGACUGGCUCGACCCUGCAGCUCCCCCCGAUUGCCCCUGGCAAAGCAAAACAGACAGCAAACUUGCCUCCGACGCCUUCCUAGUCCACACCCUGCACCUCAUGACCACCAUCGCGACUCUCCUUGCCCACCCCUCCGACGCCACAACCUACAAAGCCGACUACACCGCCGCCCGCGCCCAGUUUCAAGCCGAAUGGACGACUCCAAACGGACGCUUAGUAUCGGACUCGCAAACCGCAUACGCUCUUGCGCUAACCUUUGAUCUGCUCACACCCGCCCAGCGCGCACCCGCGGGCGACCGCCUUGCGCAUCUCGUGCGCCUUAAUAGCUUCAAAAUCGGCACCGGGUUCGCCGGAACGCCGUACGUAUGCGAGGCACUCGUUGCGACGGGUCACGCGCAAGUAGCGUAUGGCAUGCUGCUCGCCGACGCGUGUCCCAGCUGGCUGUACGGGAUCCGGAUGGGGGCCACCACGACUUGGGAGCGCUGGGAUAGCAUGCUGCCUGAUGGGAGCGUGAACCAAGGGGAUAUGACGAGUUUCAAUCACUAUGCGUACGGGGCUGUGGCGACGUUCUUGCAUGAGCGGGUCGCGGGGUUGAGGUGUCUAGAGCCUGGGUGGGAGAGGGUGCGGGUCGAGCCGGUGGUCGGGGGGGAUAUUGGGUGGGCGAGGGCAAGGCAUGAAGGGCCGAGGGGGGAGGUGGGGGUCAAUUGGAAGGUAGUGGGGAGUAAGUUCAAGAUAGAGGUUGUCGUGCCUGAGGGGGUGACGGCAGAAGUGUGUAUUCCGGACGGGAAGGGGAAGCGCGAGGAGACUGUUGGAUGUGGAAGGUGGGAAUUUGAGACGGCUUACGAGAGGACGUAUAAGUGGCCUGUGGAUGCUAUUUCGCCGCUGCCACCUGCGCUCCAUGAUCUCCAGAGCACCUUAGGGGAGCGCGGUCGAGAAGACUAG